CGUGAUUGUGAACUAAGGAAGAAUGGCUGCUCAGAUGUACAACACUAACGUGACAGGUAAACAGGACUGUAUACUAGAGCCACUUUGUUUUCCUGACAACCUCAGCGAUAGGGUUUGUCUCACCUUCUCCAGCGAUGGACGUCUGAUGACCUGCGCUCUGUGUCCUGAUUUGUUUUCCGCUUCUGAAAAGGACCAACUUCUCAAGCACAUGGUGUUGGAGCAUAAACUGGUUAUCGCUGAUGUCAAACUCAUCGCAGACUUUUCACAAUACAUGCUGUACUGGAAGAAACGGUUUACAGAACAGCCCAUCACAGACUAUUGCAGUGUUAUCAAGACCAAUUCUGAAGGUCCUGUUGAACAACAAGAGCAUUAUUUUCUGUUAUGUGAUGCUCUGCCAGAGGACAGAAUCCUGAGGGAGCAGCUUCAGCAGAGACGACUGGAGGAAGUUCUGGAACAGCAGCAGAAAGAGCGAGAUGAUGAAACGUUUCAUCGCAUAUGUAUGUUUUGCAGCGAGGAGUUUACUGGAAACAGGUCUUCAUUGCUGAAUCACAUGGCUAAAGAACAUUCUUUCAGCAUCGGCCUGCCGGACAACAUAGUCUACUGUGAUGAAUUUCUCAACACACUCGAGAGCAAACUGGACAACAUGCAGUGUCUGUACUGCGAGAAAACAUUCAGAGACAAAACCACACUCAAAGAUCACAUGAGGAAAAAGCAGCAUCGCCGAAUAAAUGCCAGAAACCACAACUACGAUCGAUUCUACGUCAUCAACUACCUGGAAUUGGGAAAGACGUGGGAGGAAGUGCAGUCUGAAGACGACCGAGAGAUCCUUGAAGAUGAAGAUGAUGAUUGGUCGGAUUGGCAGGCUCAUCCGGUGUGUGCCGUGUGUCUUUUUUGUGAUCAGCAAGCAGAGACCAUGGACAAAAUUUACACACACAUGCAGGAAACUCAUGAAUUUGAUCUGCACAAACUCAAAAUGGAUUUAAGCCUCAAGUUUUACCAGCAGGUCAAACUAGUGAAUUACAUCCGUCGUGAGCUUCACCAGUGCCGCUGCUACUGCUGUCAGGAGAAGUUUGAAAGCAAAGAGGGACUAGUUCAACAUCUGGUUACCGCUGGUCAUGUGAUGCAGUUACUGGAGGUCUCACACUGGGACCAACCGCAAUACUACUUUCCUACGUACGAGAAUGACGCUCUUCUUACAGCUCUGUCGGACAGCGAGAGCGAAUCAGAGGGUCCAAAUCACAGCUCUGAAGUUCCUGUUAUAGCUGAAGACAUCUCAAACCUGAAGGUGUUAAGACAGACCAGUGUGCUUAGUAAACUUCUCAAAGAUAGAGGAGCCACCAACUGAAGCUCAGAGACUUGCACAGGUUUACUGACGUUCUAAUUGCUUUCAGUGUAGAAAAUGAAUAUGUUGAGAUUAAUGAUGCGACUUCUCAUUCUGAUAAACUGAGAACACCAAUGCUCACGUUAUGAAAAUGGUGUCAAAUAAACUUUAUUUAUGUACGCAUUUGAUCAGUGGAUUGAUAUAAACCCUAUUUGAAAACGAUUUUGAUUUGAAUUCUGUUUGUGGUGAAACCUUGGACAAGGCAGACUGGAGGUAUACAGUGCAUCCGCUUGGCGCUUCAGUUUGUCCACAUUUUUUAUGUUAAAGCCUUAUUCCAAAAUGGAUUAAACUCACCUAUUUCCUCAAAACUCUACACAGAUUUUUUUUUUAUUGUUGCAAAUUUAUUAAAGAGCCCCUAUUUUUGCAUUAAAAAGGUUAAUAUUUUGGUUUUAGGGGUCUCCAACAACAUGCAAGGUCAAAAAACACCUUCAUUGUCUUAAAAUAUGCCUUCAUGUUAAUUAUCCCAGCGACUCCCAUAUGAUUCGUUCAGUGACUCAUUUGUUCCCAAACCUCUCCUUACCGCGAAGCUAAUCUGCGCUGAUUGGACCGAUGACCCCGUCUAUUGUGAUUGGUCGACCGCGUUCAGCUCGAGACAGAGUGAAAUGCCCAGCACAGCUACAGUAUAAAGUAGCAGAAAGUAUGUGAGAGCCCAAUGCAGGAGUGCAAUAAUAGAAUGCAGUUAAAGACCAGCAUAUUACUCCACUCUUAACCCUAAACCCCAAGUAAUAACGACGACACACCUUCAGUAUUAAUCCACACUGUGGCAAAAGUUGAACUAUUUUGAAAAUUGACCGCGCCACGCGUUUGAGGAACAGCUAAUGGAGGCCAUAGCAAAGGCAAACAGCAGAGGAUCGCCAGUUCAGAAACACAUUUAAAUCGGUAAAGGAAGAAGCAUGCGUCACGUUUUUAAUGUAGUUUUGGACGUGAACAGUACCAUACAGAUUUAACCUGAGAGAUACAGUACAAGCACUGAUCUAUAAUAGAUACACGAUUACAAGCCGCGCGGGGUGAUUACAACUUAUAACACACAAUCAAACACAUAUUUUCAAACUACACAAAACGAGGCAACAAUUUUAAUGACACUUACGUGUUAUGGUCCGCAGGAUGAAGAAACUGGUCCAUUUGAACUGUAAAAAUUACUGACAAAUUCCCUGUCAAAGUCUGCUGCUCCUUCAAUAGCAAACGGCCGACCAAUCCCGCAUUGCAGCGUAGGUUAUUGUAUCAAAAAUCAGAAAGAUGAUAGGAACACAGCUCUAGGUUGGCUAUUCUGUGGUAUUGUUGUGAAAAUAAACGUUAACCAUUUAUUCCUCGCAGCCGGAUCUCCAUCUGUCAGUAAUCGUCAUCUUCACGCCUUGAUCAGUCCUGUGAUGCCCCGCGCCUCUUUAAGUGUCUGAAGUGAAAGCGCAUGCACAUUUUAUCAGAACUGGAAGCACAUAUUUGGUGAUGUACCGUAUCCACGUCGAUGCGAUCAAACAAAAGAUCCGAACCCAACUCGAUUCGUUUAUUAGACUCUGAGGCGACUAUUUCGCUUAAAGAAUCAAUAGUUUUAAACAUGGUGCACUUUUAGAUUUAAACCUCAGCUGGAUGUUUUCAUUCACUUAGAGCUGUGUUACACACUGCAUGGAAGGUCAUUUUCAAAAACCCAUAAUAUGGCUUCUUAAAAGAUUUUUUUUUUUAAAUCACAUGUACCUGUAUAUAAGUAUUCCCAGCCUUUGCUCUAUACUUUGUUGAUGCCCCUUUGACAGCAAUUACAGCCUCAAGUCUUUUUGAAUAGGAUGCCACAAGCUUGGCACACCCGUCUUUGGGAUUUUCCAGUACCUCUCAAGCUCUAUCAGGUUGGAUGGGAAGCGACGGUGUACAGCCAUUUUCAGAUCUCUCCAGAGAUGUUCAAUAGGAUUUAGGUCUGGGCUCUCACCGAGACAUUCACAGAAUUGUUGUGAAGCCACUCCAUUGAUAUGUUGGCAGUGUGCUUUGGGUCAUUGUCCUGCUGGAAGAUGAACCGUCGACCCAGUCUGAGGUCAAGAGCACUCUGUAGCAGGUUUUCAUUCAGGAUGUCUCUGUACAUUGCUGCAUUCAUCUUUCCUUAUAUCCUGACUAGUCUCCAAACAUAACAACUGACAUUCACUCCAAAGAGUUCAAUUUUAGUCUCAUCAGAGCAGAGAAUUUUGUUUCUUAUGGUGUGAGAGUCCUUCAGAUGCCUUUUUGCAAAUUCCAGGCAGGGAGUGGCUUCUGUCUGGCCACUCUACCUUAAAUGCCUGAUUGGUGGAUUGCUGCACAAAUGGUUGUCCUUCUGUAACAGUGUUACACAUCUCCUUGAUUAAUUAAAUAAUAAUAAUCUAAAAAUAAAUAUACAUGUAUAUAUCGUAAGUAGUGUUUUCUUUUUUGUGUGUUGUAUAUACUUGUGGUUCUCUUCUCUUCGCCUCUGUCUCUCCGGCAGGUUUCAUUAUCACCGCACAGGUGCAUUGAAUCAGGUGCCCACACGUGGAGGCUUGCCGGCUUGUUUGUGAAGACAAUUUGAACCGGACUGGGACGUCAUUCAGAGAGUCUCCUCUCUCCCGGUUUGUGUAGUUUGUUUUGUGAAGUUAAAAUUGUGUUGUAUUUACUCUGCGAAAUUGUUGAAAGUGAACGCUGAGUGUUGACUUUGAGAUCUAUAUGGAGACACGUGCUGAGGAGAGUGCCUUUUUGUUUUUUACGUUUUCUCAUGUUUUGUGGUUAGUAGGGAGGCAAGUGAAUGUUAUUAUUUGUUUUAUUUGAUGUGCAGGUAAGAGGGUUAAACUU